GAGAGAACCCAUAAAUCAGACCAAAACCAUCCAAAAACCUGAACAAUCUAGAAGCUUCUAUCAAAUCGAAUCGAAAACGGAUUUUAAUUUGACAAUUGGACCAAACCGCUCAAUAUCUCUCGCCACCAACUCCUCCGUCGACGACGACCUCAACUUCGGCCACCUCUUCGACGAGCGAAGCCUGUUCCACACGAAACAAGGCUCUCUCUCUCUCCUUGCGACGUUACUGUUUCCUUCCACAGCUUCUCUUCUUCGACUUUCUGGCGAUUCCCUUUACUCAGCUCUGCACCUGAAGAGCAUUGCCAUGGCUUCAAAGCUGUUGACGAAACUUGGAGCAAUUCGAGAUCCUAAAAUCGCAGGAAACCCUAACCGACUCCUCCAUGUCUCAAGACGACUCUUAAAUAACCAACCAACUUCAACUACUCCUCUUCAAGCACCACCUUCACCUCUUGACAAUGGCAAGAGUGUUGACAAGGAACCCAAACCAGUGUCAUCUUUGAAGGACCUUGAGCUUGCUAAAUUUUCAGCUAUUGCUGACACCUGGUGGGAUUCAGAAGGGCCAUUUAAACCUUUGCAUGCCAUGAAUCCAACACGAAUUGCUUUUAUCCGCUCUGCACUUUGUAGACAUUUCAGGAAGAAUCCACACGUGGCUAGGCCUUUUGAAGGACUAAAAAUUGUUGAUGUUGGUUGUGGAGGUGGAAUUCUUUCUGAGCCUUUAGCCCGAAUGGGAGCAACUGUAACAGGCAUUGAUGCUGUGGAGAAAAAUAUCAAGAUUGCUCGCCUUCAUGCUGAUAUGGAUCCAGUGACUUCAACCAUUGAAUACUGUUGCACAACAGCUGAAAAGUUAGUUGAGGAGCAAAGGAUGUUCGAUGCUGUGAUUGCACUAGAGGUAAUUGAGCAUGUAGCAGAUCCUGCUGAAUUCUGCAAGUCUCUGGCAGCACUAAGUUGUCCUGGCGGAGCUACUGUGAUUUCAACAAUUAACCGUUCUAUGAGGUCAUAUGCAACUGCCAUUGUUGCAGCAGAGUACCUUCUCCAUUGGCUUCCGAAAGGCACCCAUCAAUGGUCGAGCUUCCUUACUCCCGAAGAGCUAGUUCUGAUUCUACGACGUGCUUCUUUCGAUGUUAAAGAAAUGGCCGGAUUUGUUUACAACCCCUUGACUGGACGCUGGUCUCUUUCUGAUGAUAUUAGUGUAAACUUUAUUGCUUUUGGUACCAAAAGUUGCCAAUAAAAACAUCUACACACCAUUUGGUGCAACACUUUUUAUUUCUUUAUUUGUAAAAUUUGAGUUCUAUAGAUUUUGAUUUCACCGUUAUAGAAUAAAUAUUCAGGUAAGGUUAAGUUGUUUGGCAAAAUUAAUUGUUUUAUUAGUUA